GAGAGCGAUAGGUGGCUACACGCAGCGAGCAAACCACCCCCAAAUCCUCAAACCCUAGGCGGAGGAGGCAGGAAGGGAGGAAGCGAGCGAGCGAGCUCGGCGGGGCAGCGAUGGCAGCGGUGAGCUUGCGUAAGGGGAACGCGCGUCUCCCGCCGGAGGUGAACCGGGUGCUGUACGUGCGGAACCUGCCGUUCAACAUCUCGAGCGAGGAGAUGUACGACAUCUUCGGCAAGUACGGCGCGAUCCGGCAGAUCCGGCUGGGCAAUGGCAAGGACACGCGCGGCACCGCCUACGUCGUCUACGAGGACAUCUACGACGCCAAGAACGCCGUCGACCACCUCUCCGGGUUCAACGUCGCCAACCGCUACCUCAUCGUGCUGUACUACCAGCCCGCCAAGAUGUCCAAGAAGUCCGACGUCAAGAAGAAGGAGGACGAGAUCACGAGGCUCCAGGAGAAGUACGGCCUCGGGUCUAAGACCCCUGGCCCCGGCUCCAGCGACUGAGCGACCGGGCGUACUGCCUCUGCGACCGCAUGUAUCUGAGAAGAGUAACGAGAGGGAACGUGCUGCUUGUGCUGUGCUAUGCUAUGCUAUGUUUCAUCCAGUUUUACUAAUUACUAUGUGUUGUUAUUCAGUGACAAUCAAUUGAGUAGGUAUGUGCUUAACAAGAUCCUUUAGGUGUGCAUUGUUUCUUGUGUGCUUUUCUUUUAUGUCUAUAUUUAUGUCUACAGAGACAAGGGAAAUGUGUUCAUGUGCACUUGUUACUAAGUUUCAAUUGGUGCUGUGUAGUUAGAGUGGCAUGGCCGUGAUAUUUAUUACUCGCGGGGAGUGCCUGUUUUGGGUAGCUUGAUAUGUGUGAUCAUAUAGUAGAAAGGAUUGGGCAGAAUGAAGUUGGUAUGUUGAUGGUCAGUGUUCAA